AGAGUAGUGACAAAUGGAUGCUUUGGACAUUUUGUUCCAAAAUAAAAGUCAGUGGAAAAUCAUCAAAAUAAACCGAAUUUUUGGUGAUUUUUGAAAUGUUUUUAGUUAACUAUAGCGUGCCACCAAUUUUUAUUAAGGGAGAAAAGUAAUUGAUGUACUACGAAUAUCGUUACUUGCUUUAUACGCAUUUAUAUUCGCGGCCUUAAGAUUUCCUAAUAUUUUGCUUUGUGUUACAUCACUUAAAUAAUGUGGUCCUCUCAAUCAAACUCCACACUAAACAACAAAGAAAACCAAAAUCAAUCGGAAGACAAUUUAGUUACCCUGGGAAUGACAUCCGCUAUUUCUGCCGCUCCUCCUAAGCCAAUUGACCUCGCAAAGACUAAAGAGUUGGAAGAAACUUUGAUACCCUUUGAUGUUUUUGAAACUGAACAAGAACUAAACCAUCGUAUGCUCAUUUUAGGGAAAUUAUAUUCUUUGGUUAAGCAAUGGAUUAAAGAACUUUCUCUAAAAUGUAACAUGCCUGAAAGUGUAGCAGAAAAUGUUGGGGGAAAGGUGUAUACUUUUGGUAGUUACAGACUCGGUGUACAUAACAAAGGAGCGGAUAUUGAUGCUUUAUGUGUGGCACCCAAACAUAUUUGUCGGAAUGAUUUUUUCACCUCUUUUUAUGAGUUGUUAAAGAAGCAGUCUGAAGUCACAGAACUAAGGUCAGUAGAAGAGGCCUUCGUACCAGUGAUUAAAAUGAGUUUUGAUGGCAUUGAAAUUGAUUUACUUUUUGCUCGGCUAUUGCAAAAAGAAAUUCCUGACUCCAUGGACCUUCGUGAUGAUAACUUGCUAAAAAACCUUGACCAGAAGUGUGUCCGCAGUCUAAACGGUUGUCGGGUUACAGAUGAAAUUCUCAGACUUGUUCCCAAUAUUGAAACUUUCAGAUUGGCAUUGCGUACCAUUAAACUUUGGGCUAAAAGGCACGGCAUUUACAGCAAUGUGUUGGGUUAUCUGGGAGGCGUUUCAUGGGCAAUGCUUGUAGCACGUACCUGCCAGUUAUAUCCCAACGCUGCUGCCGCUACCUUAGUGCAUAAGUUCUUUCUCAUAUUUUCCAAGUGGCAGUGGCCUCAGCCUGUGCUCCUCAAGCAACCGACCAAUGCCAGUUUGGGAUUUGCGGUUUGGGAUCCAAGGGUAAACAUCCAAGAUCGUUACCACCUGAUGCCAAUAAUUACCCCGGCGUAUCCGCAACAAAAUUCGACUUUUAACGUGUCCAACUCCACCAGAAAUAUCAUCAUGGAGGAGUUUGAACGGGGUCUAAAAAUUACAGAUCAAAUUAUGUUAAACAGAGCAACUUGGGAGCAAUUGUUCAUCCAGCCGCCGUUUUUCUUGAAGUACAGGCACUUUAUCGUCCUGAUAAUCAGUGCGGAGUCUUCAGCUGACCUUUUAGAAUGGAGCGGUCUGGUCGAGAGUAAGAUACGGUUGUUGAUUUCGACGUUGGAGAGGAAAACUGCAAUAACAAUGGCCCACAUCAAUCCGGAAAACUUUAUGCUUCCCGAACCGUUGCGGCAACCAAAAUUUAAAUAUUCUAUGUGGUUCAUCGGGCUCGAGUUUCGCAAAAUGGAGGGCCUAAACGUGGACCUCACCCAGGACAUUCAACAAUUCACCGAGACUGUCAACAAGCACGCCAUGCAUAUACAAAUGUUCAAAGAGACAAUGAAAUUGGAAGCAAGACACGUCAAGAGGAAAAUGCUUCCCACGUAUUUGCCGCAUGGUAUACUCAAACGCGAGAAGAAGUACCUGAUGAUGGUCAACGAGUGCAAGGAACAGAAAGAAGGCAGGAAAAGGCCAUCGGAAUCCAGCGACGGCGAAACGUCGGCCAAAAAGACGCGGCUGUCCAACGAAGUUAAUGGCGCCAGCUUCGACGACAGCUCAAACAAUUCGUUGAACAAUGAAGACUCAAGCAGCAGUUUCGCGGAUACGUCAGGGGCGUCGGCCGCCAGCCCCGUCAAAUUGCCGCAGGUGCCGACAGCGAACAAGCAGGAAGCCGUAUGCUCGUGAACUUCAGCCCCUAUCAUUUAGGAUUUAAGAUUUAAGACUCCACAAGGGAAAAUAAAACUAUGGGUUAUCGACGAAAAGAAAAAAGCCCAAUUGUUUGGUUUCAACUACAGUCUGGACCGAGGACCACCCGUGGCGAGGAGGACACGCCCGUAGGUCGCGUCUCCUCAUUGGGGGCGGGGCGUGUGUAAAAUGUUAUCGCGUAAGUGCAAUUUCAUUAAAUAGGCGUGUAGUUAUGUGAGAGAAUGCGUGUUAUCUAUUUAUUACGUUGAUGGGUCAAGUAAUUAAAAAAGCAGUUUUGUGGAUUGGAAAAUAGUCGUGAUGCGGUAAUAUUUUACAGUACAUUAUUUGUACAUAGUUAGUUGACGUUUAUUUGGACACGACUAGGAAGGGGUUUUAAGCAGCGCUUGCUUAUGACCUAGAGGUUUCACCCGUUUUAUUUUUGAUAUUAUUCUCUUUUGUGUCCGGGACACUACGUCAUCGUUUUCCCGAAUCUAUUGUGUAACGUUUUUUCGCUCUGUAUUAAUGAUUUUUGUAUAUCCGAUUGAAAAGUUGGGGAAAAUAUCGUUCUUUUUGGCAAAGUGUAUUAAGUAUUUAUAUGAUAUCUUGAGUAUUUGCGUUAGGUUAUUGCGAAGAAGUUUUCGUCAAUGUGUACAGUCGUCCCUGUAAGUGAAUUAAGUACAAUAAAUAAAAAUAUUUU